UAAUGCAUUUGAACAUAGUCUCUCCUCCACUCACAUCCGCUAGACUAGCUAUCUGUGUUAGGAAAAGGACUUAGUGAAACUGCAGUGAUGUCAGUCCAGGUUGUGGCAGCGAAAAUGGCAGAGGUCGAACUCAAAGACGUCCCCACUGUCAAAGAUUCACCGGCAGGUUCCCCAAUGACACCGACCUCGGAGUGUAAGACCCUCGUCAGAAACGACCCGCACGAGGCCGGCUCCUCUGCUGCUGCGUCCCCUACAGCGGAGCCCUCCGCAAAAGCCGGGGAAGGCAGCCUGGGUUUGCUCAACCCGAACCCCGCGAAGAUGCCACAGACGUCGGCUAUGAAGCGGGUGGACCCGCAGCAGAACGGAGGAGAGGCUUUUGUCAACCGUGACGGUACAGUUGCCGAGGCUCCGCGGAUGAAAAAGAUCCAGUUCGCAGACCAGAAGCAGGAAUUCAACAAGCGGCCCUCCAAGAUUGGCCGGCGCUCCCUGUCCCGCUCCAUCUCCCAGUCCUCCACAGACAGCUACAGCUCAGCGGCGUCAUACACGGACAGCUCUGACGAUGAGACGUCUCCUCGGGACAAACAGCAGAAGAACUCUAAGGGCAACGGAGACUUUUGCAUCAAAAACAUCAAACAGGCCGACUUUGGCCGCAGAGAGAUUGAGAUUGCAGAGCAAGAGAUGCCAGCACUGAUGGCUCUGAGGAAGCGAGCUCAAGGGGAGAAACCCCUCGCUGGUGCCAAGGUGGUGGGCUGCACCCAUAUCACUGCCCAAACUGCUGUUCUGAUGGAGACUCUGUCAGCUUUGGGGGCUCAGUGCAGAUGGGCAGCUUGCAACAUCUACUCCACCCAGAAUGAAGUAGCAGCUGCCCUGGCAGAGGGAGGUUUCAGUGUGUUUGCAUGGAAGGGUGAGUCAGAGGACGACUUCUGGUGGUGCAUCGAUCGCUGCGUCAACGUGGAAGGCUGGCAACCCAACAUGAUCUUGGAUGAUGGUGGGGACCUGACUCACUGGAUCUAUAAAAAAUACCCCAAUAUGUUCAAGAAGAUUAAGGGCAUUGUAGAGGAGAGUGUUACGGGUGUGCACAGAUUGUACCAGCUGUCAAAGGCAGGAAAGCUGUGUGUUCCAGCCAUGAACGUCAACGACUCUGUGACUAAGCAGAAGUUUGACAACCUCUACUGCUGCAGGGAGUCCAUCUUAGACGGCCUAAAGAGGACCACGGAUGUCAUGUUUGGAGGCAAACAGGUGGUGGUGUGCGGAUACGGAGAGGUGGGGAAAGGAUGCUGUGCUGCUCUCAAAGCAAUGGGCUCCAUUGUCUACGUCACAGAGAUCGACCCAAUCUGUGCCCUGCAGGCCUGCAUGGACGGCUUCAGGCUGGUGAAACUGAAUGAAGUCAUCAGACAAGUGGACAUCGUCAUCACCUGCACAGGCAAUAAGAACGUGGUGGUAAGAGAAUACCUUGACCGCAUGAAGAACGGCUGCAUUGUCUGCAACAUGGGACACUCCAACACCGAGAUCGAUGUGGCAAGUCUGCGGACUCCUGAACUGACCUGGGAGAGGGUGCGCUCUCAGGUGGACCACGUCAUCUGGCCGGAUGGCAAGAGGAUAGUGCUGCUGGCUGAGGGUCGUCUGCUGAACCUCAGCUGUUCCACCGUGCCGACCUUCGUGCUCUCCAUCACCGCCACCACCCAGGCUCUGGCUCUGAUAGAGCUGUAUAAUGCCCCAGAGGGACGCUACAAACAGGAUGUUUACCUGCUGCCCAAGAAGAUGGAUGAGUAUGUGGCCAGCCUACAUCUUCCUACAUUUGACGCACAUCUUACAGAGCUGAGUGAUGAGCAGGCCAAGUAUCUGGGCUUGAACAAGAACGGGCCCUUUAAGCCAAACUACUAUAGGUAUUAAACCAGUGUCAGGGUUGGACU